CCGUGCAAUCCCUUCGAUGGUCAACGUCGUUCACGGUCGGACGUCGUUUCGCGUGGUUGCAAUCGUAGAACAGAACAGAAGUGCCCAGGUAGCUAGCCAGCAGGUUUCCCAGAGUUUUGCUGCCAGUCAGUUGUGUUCGGGGCUCGCAGUUUGUCGGUAGGAAACGUGCGCGAUUCUUUCCUCCACGUUGGCCAUGUGGCUACUGAAGAAUCAAUAUGGCCUCCAAUUAAUGCAUUUUUCGCGUUGUUGCGUAACAGUUUCCGUGUGAUCUCCGGCCUAAGGCGCUCCGACUGCAUUCGCUUUAGCCCACAACAGUGAUAUCUCCGUGAUCUGCAUUUAUUUGUUUGGGGCUGUGGUUUUCCGAGCGAAUUCACCAGAUGAUUUGUGUUCAGAGUGCGGUUAUUCUCGGUCCAAGAGGGGUUUUUACACGAGAAUUUAACGCUAGAAUUUGCACUCAAUCGAUACUGGCCUGUAGAGGCAAGCAAAAGGGUACAAGUCGUCGGUCCGGUGCAGCACUUUAAUUGAAUAAUCAAGCUCGACCUGGUCGGGUGCGUCUGGAAGGUGGAACUUGUGUUCGAGGAGCGAGCGCGAAAAUGGACGCCAAAGGCAGCGAACCCCUGGAGGAAGAACGCGAGAAAAUCGAAUCUGAAGAACCGUUCGAUUUGGAUGAGCUAUUACCGGCAAUUGGAGAGUUUGGUCGCUACCAGAAACUGCUGCUGUGGCUGAUAUGUCUUCCGGCGUGCAUUCCGUGCGGGUUUUGCGCCUUCAACCAGUUGUUCAUGACCGACGUUCCCGAGGAGUACUGGUGUAAGAUCCCCGAGUUGCAGAACUUUAGCUCUGAGGAGCGGAAGCUGUACGGCAUUCCAACGAUUGAGCGAGAUGGACUGGAGGAGUUCAGCCAAUGCACCCGAUAUGCAGUGGACUGGAAGGCGAUUCUGGCGGACAAUGUCGAUCCGUCGACGAUUCUGCCCAACAGCUCCUGGCCGGUGGAGCACUGUCGCGAUGGCUGGGAAUACAACAGCAGCAUCGUGAUGUCAUCGAUUGUGAUUGAUUACAAUCUAGUCUGCGAGUACGACAUUUAUCCCACAUUGGGACUAGUGGCCCUGAACACCGGAGGACCGGCCGGGGUGUAUUUGUUCGGUCUACUGAAUGACCGCGCCGGACGACGAAUAUCCUACUUCUGCUGUCUGGCAACCCUGCUGUUUGGGAGUUUCAUCACCGCUGCCAGCAGUAGCUUCUGGAUGUGGGCCUUCAGUAGAGUGAUCGUCGGCCUUACCAUCCCAGCGGUGUACCAGAUCCCGUUCAUCAUCGCUCUCGAACUGGUAGGACCGAACUAUCGGUCGUUCGUCACCGUCAUGACGUGCACGUUCUACACAUUCGGGCUGAUGAUGCUGGCCGGGGUAACCUACCUGAUCCGAGACUGGGUAGAACUCACCCUCUACACCUCGGUUCCAUUCCUGUUCUACUUUCUCUAUAUGUUUGUGAUGCCCGAAUCACCACGGUGGCUGCUGAUGAAGGGUAAACUCGAAGAAGCGCUACAAAUCCUCGAAAAAAUGGCAAAAGUCAAUGGAAAACAGUUUCCCGCGGCAUUCAAGAACAAGCUGCAGAAACGGGUCCAGGCAGAGAAGAAUAGGACAGUGAAAAAGGAGGAAGUUUCGAUAGGAGCGUUCGAUCUCUGCCGGACGCCAAACAUGAGACUGAAAACUAUACUUAUCACGUUGAAUUGGUUCGUGAACGAGACGGUAUAUCUGGGAUUGAGCUACUACGGGCCAUCGCUGGGAGAAAAUCAAUAUUUGAGCUUCUUCCUAUCCUCUCUGGUGGAGAUUCCAAGCUACGUGGUGUGUUGGAUCAUAAUGGACCGCUGGGGUCGUCGGUGGCCCAUGUGUAUGCUGAUGAUACUGGGUGGCAUCAGUUGCGUGGCGACGGUAGUGCUUCCGGAAGAUGCCGUGAUGGAGACACUGUUCCUCUAUCUCCUGUCAAAAUCGAUGAUUUCGGCAUCGUUCCUCAUUAUCUAUCCCUUCGCCGGAGAGCUGUAUCCGACACAAGUUCGAGGAGUCGGAAUCGGUACUUCAAGUUACAUUGGAGGCCUGGGCCUGAUUGUGAUUCCUUUCAUUACGUAUCUGGGCAAAGAGAACCUCGUCCUCCCGCUGGUCAUCAUGGGCUGCAUUUCGGUGGCGGGUGGCUUCACCGGCCUACGGCUUCCGGAAACCCUGCACCACCGGUUGCCUCAAACGCUGGAAGAAGGUGAACUGUUCGGUCAGGACUGGACCUUCGACGACUGUUUCCGGUGUGGUCCGUCGAAAAAGUCACCCACCGGAUCGUACGAAAACCUUUCGCACGAUCCUUCCGAUGCGGCGCUGGAGCUAAAUGCGGCUGUACCGCUCAACGGUGGUGGGGCAAGAGGUGGUGGAGGUGCGGCGGGUGGCAGCGGCGGCUAUGAUUCGGGCCCGGCAACCGAGAAGACCCCACUGGAGCUGGCCCGAUUACGGCGGCAGUCGAUGAAACGGCUCGUUCGACAGGCGAGCACGAUGGACACGCAGAAGACGGCGGCCGGCGCCAUGCAACUGACGUAUUGGUUCUGAGUCAGGGAGAUUGUCAGUAUUGUUCGCGAAAUGAAAACAAGGUUUUUAUUUUUUGAACAUAUUUUAACAAUAAAGAAAUACGUAUAUGUAUAUUUUCGGUUUUUCUCUGAUUUGUUUCUUCUUUCUAUAAUGAUAAUGUGCAUUGACAACAUUUACUUGAUUAAAAUUAAAAUUUCUUGUUUGUUUUGUUUUUUUUUAAGUGUAAACAUAUUUUAGUUACGGUUGUGAUUUCUUUAUUUUUACGGAGAGAUUUGUUUUAAGUACUUUUUAAUUCACGCUGGAGUUAUUUUUUUCUUCUGCUUGUUUAAAACAUAUUUGUUGUUUUCGUUAGUUUGCAAUAGUCGUCUGGAGUUUUCGCUUAGAUAUAGAUCUCUGGUUGAUUACAUAUAAUAACAGAUUGUAUUUCUUCUUUUCCUUCGGCUCUAGAAUUUUACCAUGUUUCAUUGUUGCGGGUGGUAAAACUAUAAAACUUAAACUACUACCAUUUUUGUUCUAUAUCGCAAGAAGCAUUCAUUGAUGUAUAGGCAAUUCUAAGGAUAUGUUUCUUGGGGAAUUCCAUUCACCUACAAUUUGCUACACGCUUAGGAAAAGAGUUUCUCGAUUGUACAGUGUGUGACGGUUGCUGUUUGGAAAUCAAUGCGGUCGGAAACUGAAAACUUGUGUUUCCUUCUUUCAUUUAUCAUCUUGCAUCUACUACUUUGUACUAAGGAAUCAAAUUACUCUAGCUAAUAAGUUACCGUUUACUUGGUUGUGUGUUUGAGUGUAAAAACGAAUGGGAAAAUAUCAUUCGUAACUGUGUAUGUCGUUUUGGAGUAGAAAAUGUUGAUUUAUGUGGCUUAAAGUCCGAAGAGGAAAUCAUAAAUGGGUUCGCUUUGAAGCUAGUUCUUUCGGUAAGAAGUCUUUUCCUAGAGAUAUUUUGCAUCUCGGGACGGCGAUCGGUUGUCUGUGUGUUUCGUGUUAGCCAAUCAUUUUUUUAAAAUUUAAGGUUAGGUAGCUGACGUAAAGUGUUGUUAGAAAGAUGUCUUUUUGUUGUAGAACUACAUUGACAAGAGAUGGCUUGGAUCUUGUCUGUUGAAUUUCUGUUUUGUUUGUUUAGUUUCGAAUCGAAUUGGCCGUUCUGUGAUACACAAAAAAAAACGAUGUAAGUUGAUAGGUUAUAGCUGGACUUAGGCUUAGGUAGAAAGCCAAAUCGUUUCCUAGAGUCAUCAGUGUAUAGUUUAUAGUCUUUAGUUAAAAAUUUCAUUAUUGUAAAUAUCCGAUUGUAAAUUUGUUGAAAUAAACUAUGAUUACAAGUU